AUGGAAAGAAUGACGCAUUUAUGGAACGUGAAUCAAUUUAUUACAAAAUUAAAUUGUUCACAAAGUACGAUUUUGCAACCGUUUUACAUAGAAAAAUGUAAAAAGUUUAGUCACGGAAUACUUCCAUCUCAAAAUUUUGGUCCCUCGGUGAUGUGUUCUUAUUGUGGAUCACUUUGGAAUACAAUGGAUUAUACCAUUCGAAUAUCACAAGGUAAACCACUUUCUAAAUCUAUUAAAAAAAUUAUACGCAUUAUGAAUGACAGUGAGAAAAGAAUACCCAAAAUUCAAAGAAGUUUAGUAAAAAAAUGUUUAAAAAAUGAAAUGAACAAAUUAGUACUUAAAUGUUCAGUGUGUAAAAAAAAUACAAAAAUAUACUUUAAUAAGCCUAAAAGAGAAAAGGCAAAAAAAGCUAGCACAGAAAGUAUACAAAGCUUGAAAAGACGAAGGAAGAAGAAAAGCAAGGAUAAAACUGCUGGUUUAAAUGUUUCUGGAAUUUCAAGCUUGAAUGCAAAAGAUAUUACUGAAAAAUCGACAGAAAUGAAGAUAAAAAAAGUGGGAAACACUACAAACUUUAAGACACCAACUCAGAAGUUGAAAAAGUUAAAUGUAAAUCGAUUGAAAGACAUUGUGAAUAAAGGUGCAGCACCUCCAAGAAGAAGGAGUUUACAUAGUUUUCUGACAGAACUUUGUUAA